UUCGAAAUCUCCUGUCUUAUUUCAUUUUUGUGAAGGCCGCCUGAUCAUCUUCCAUGCAUAGAAUUUCCUUUGAUUUUGUUUUCCUUUCAAGAAUAUGCUUUGUAAAUUUCGCACAAAAAUGUUCGGCAAAAUUCUUUUGGUAAAAUACAAAAUGAGCGGUAAUUUUCAAGCACCACGAUCAAGAUCCGAGGUUUGGUAGACGGAUUUUGUAAUGUCAUCAUUGUUAUGUUGAUGAUAAUUUGUCUCUUAUACAGUCACUUUGGUGGAGUUUCAUUUUCUUCUCAGAGAAGAAUAGCCGCAAAUCUGCAAAUACGUUUCGAAGGGCCAACAUUCAACAGCGACACCGAUGACCCAUUUUCAGGACUCCACGUUUUAGCGUGUGAAGUCUGCUUGACUUCAAAAAUGCGUUCGGCGCGCCUGGAUGACGGAGCAAUCGAAGGAAGGGGAACCGCGAGGAAAAAUUUGCGAAAAUGCGAGCGAGAUUGCCAAUGGCGAAACGGAGAGACAUCUCGGCCAUGCACCCAGUCAGUGUUACGGCGAGGAGGAGACGGCAAAAGGAGCAGCCGCGGGUCGCGGGGGGCAUGGAACAUGCUGUUCAUAUUUCGUGCCCGAGGAUCGAGGAAAGCGAACGUGCACAGAAGCACGAAGCGAGGCUUGCGACGAUUGUUGCCGUCUUUAGAAUCAUUCGCGCGGUAUGAGGAUAGCAAAGAGGCACUGGAGGUCGCGCAUCGCUCUGUACAGUCGCGCGAUUUCCCGCAAGACCCGACCUCUCGCGACCUGCUACGCUCCCGUGGCAUCCGGAUAGCGUCAGAUCUUUUCGAGGUACACUGCGAGGACAUCUGACCCGGUCCGGACGAAGCCGGCGGAGCCGCGCCGAGCCGAGGUGGGAGACGUCACCUGACGAGAGCCGGAACGCAUCCCGGUCUCCGAGCCUCACUCUCCGGACGGGAGCGCUGAUUCUUAUCGCUCUUAUCAGUUGCAGCACAGCACCCUCUCGCUCUUGGCUUGGCGCCACGCUCAGACGUGCUGACAGCUGGAGUGGGUUGUCGAGAGGAGACUUCUUUUCCUACUUCCGGGGUUGACCAUUCAUGCACAGGAAUCAUGUUGCUAAGAUUGAUCCUCAACAAGGGUUUUUGAGAGAGCAUGGUGGCGCCCCCUAGGAGCAGUCAAUGACGACUCGGAAAAAUAUCUUAUGAAGGUGUGUGUGUUGGUGUGUGUAUAGGACUUGAGUACAAUAGCCGCGCAUUCAAGUAACACUAGAUCCAGGUCCCUGGAAGUUUUACUCACAAAGUUCUUGCUUUUUUUGCAUUUAUCACUUUAUUUAAAAGGAUGAUUUUGUCCCUCUGCCGCUACCCUCACCCCCCC